AUGAGCACUGCAACGGAAGUUAAGGCAGCUGGACAGCUCCCAGAAACUGUCUGCAAGUUUCCUGCCCUCCUAAACGAAGAAGAUGAUGUUUCGUCCUGGCGUGAACGAAUAAACAUCGAGGUCCCAUCUAGGGACCUAUUACAAGGCCUUAUCCUGAAGGAACAAACUUCGCUUCAGGUGCUUGCUCAGGCCAUCUGGGCAAUCAUCCUGAAGACAUUUACAGGUGACGAAAGCAUUUGUGCUGCAUCUUUGUACCAACAGGGAGCAGAGUGGCAAUGCGAAUUUUUUACGACGCUAGUGGAGGAUGAGAUGCCUGUCACUGGUGUCUGUAUGCUCGAAUCCUAUAAGGACGUAGAAGAGGAUCUGGACCAAUUUGAUGUACUACUCCUCGUGUUAGAGAAAGAAGGGCAAGUGCAAAUGGACCUACUCUACAAGCCAGGCCAUUUGGCACCGGCCUAUGCGUCUAUUGUGGCUGCUACCGUCGGCCAGAUACUAAGCGAGGUGCAGAAGAAUUCCUCGCUCGCACUCUCUGAGAUGGACCUGCUCCACCCUCGGGUACAAGGGCAAUUGCAAACAUGGAGCAGCAUCCCGCCGUCGUCUGUGAACCACUGCGUGGGUCCCAUGUUCGAAAAAACAGUACAUGAGCGUCCAUUGCAUAUGGCCGUGGACACCUCUCAGCUUACCCUGAGCUAUCGUGAACUCGAUACUUUGACUGCACAGCUUGCCCUUCAUCUACAAGACAAGGGUGUCCAGCCAGAAUCCAUUGUUGUGUUAUGUUUUCCUAAGUCCGCAUGGGCAGUUGUGGCGAUGAUGGCCGUCAUUCGAGCAGGUGGCGCCAUCCUUUUCCUCGACCCUUCUCAUCCUACAGCACGGCAUCAGGAGAUUGUAGAUCAAGUUGGCACAAGCUGGAUAUUAACUGCACCGGAAUACUCCCAACUAUGGGAGUGGUUCGAGGGUGAGGUCCUGCUCAUCGACCGCGCGUUUGCAGACCUACUGCCCUCAGUAUCAGACCGAACCCAGCUCGUGGAGGAAGCACAACGCAUUUCCUCCACUGUGACUCCUUCGAACGCAUUGUACGUAAUUUUUACGUCCGGAAGUACCGGGAAGCCGAAAGGCUGCGUAGUCGAGCAUCGACAGUUCCUCACCGGAUCCUUGGCCCAGCAAAAAGCGUCCAAGAUGACUCAUGCUGACCGCGUUCUGCAACUUGCCUCGUUCACUUUCGACGUCAGUAUCCUCGAGAUUAUCACUUCCCUGAUAUCAGGUGCCUGCGUAUGCAUCCCGAACGACCAGGAGCGGGCCAAGGGGCCUUCGGCAUGCAUUCAGCAGUUUGGUGUAACAUGGGCCUUCUUGACACCGUCUCUGGUCAACCUCAUGACACCAGAUAUGGUCCCCACCUUGCAGUUUCUGGUCCUCGGAGGAGAAGCCGUCCAGAAAGAAAACAUCCAGAUCUGGGCCUCGCAUGUUCGGUUGGCUAAUGGCUAUGGUCCAACUGAAUGUUCGAUCGCCGCGACGGCAAAUCCUCAAUUAUCUCUCACCACAAGUCCGGCUAACAUCGGCCAUCCACUUGGCGGAUGUUGCUGGAUCGUCAGCAAGGACGACCAUGAUCGUCUCAUGCCUAUCGGCGCGCCUGGUGAACUGGUGAUUCAAGGACCCAUCGUCGCCCGCGGUUACUUGAACCAACUGGAGAAGACACAGGCCGUCUUCUUGGAGUCGACAAAAUGGACUGGGAGCGAGUCAACGGGCACUUCCCGACUAUACAAGACAGGGGAUCUGGCCCGCUUCAACUCCGACGGCAGUUUGCACUUUAUUGGGCGCAAGGACAGUCAGGUCAAACUGCGCGGUCUCCGAAUCGAACUGGGAGAGAUUGAGCACCGGCUAGCGGCCCAUCCCAAGGUGGAACAGGCGGUUGUGGUCCUAGCAAAGCAAGGACCCUGUAAGGGAAAGCUGUCGGCGGUUCUCUCCCUAAAGAACUUCCGCAAGGAAGCAUCCACCGUCGAACUGGUAGAUGAGAAAGAUUUUGGGGCUGCGUCCACCGAAUUGAGCGCUGUCGCGGAAGCCCUAUCACAGCAGCUCCCUAGUUAUAUGCAGCCGACUGUUUGGGCUCCUGUAGGAUGCAUUCCCCUGACGGCCUCUGGCAAGCAGAACGGAGUUAUGGUUAGCACGUGGGUGGCAGCGUUGUCCACGGAGACGUUCAACCUGCUCACAGGGCGAAGCGAGGGAACCGACGUAGAGAGAAUCCAGGCGUCGACGAAUGAGGAGCGUGAGCUGCAGAUGAUUUGCAGCGUGAUUUUGGGCUUUGAGAGUGCCGAGGACGUCUGGCUGAACAAAUCGUUUAUCCAGAACGGAGGUGACUCCAUCCAGGCAAUGCAACUGUUGGAUCAAUUGCGCCGAAAGGGCCUGGGUGUCAGGAUUGAGGAUGUCCUUCAGAGCCCGACGUUGGCUGAACUCGCGCUGCGCAUUACUGAGAAUGAUGGAACUCAGAUCCUCAUCGAGGAAUCAGCCCCUGUAGCACUUGACAACCAAAGGAUCUCGGAGUUAGGAUUCGACAGCGAACAAGUGGAAGACUUGUAUCCCAUAUCGGCCGUCCAAAGGGGUAUUCUACUCACCCAGCAACAAGCGCCGGAACGAUAUCAACUACGGAUCACUUGUCAAGUUGUUUCAACACCAGGCAAACCUAUUGACCUGGACACGCUACACGAGGCGUGGCAGCAAGUGACGGGCCGCCAUCCUGCAUUACGCACCAUCUUCGUCGAAUCCGAAGCCGACCACGGGCUGUGCGACCAACUGGUGUUGAAAUGUGUUCAAGGAGCAUUCCUCCUAUGGGAACAUUCGGAUGAGGAUGCCGUAUGGAAGGCCAUGGAGGACUUCACCCGCGAUGACACUUCUCUCCAGCCGCCAGUCGCUUUUAUUGUUUCGACAACGGCUGAUGGAAAGGUCUUCUGCACAGUCGACAUUAGUCACGCCCUCAUCGACGGUGUCUCAAUCCUGCUUCUGUUUCGCGAUAUCAGUCUCGCAUACGCAGGGCUGUUGAACGCCAAGCAGGUUGUGCGAUACAGUUCAUACAUCCGCUAUCUACAAACUCUUCCCGCCGAUGUAUCUCUGGGCUACUGGGCCAAGUACCUAGAGGAUGCGUCUCCAUGCCACUUCCCCGUCCUCAAUGACGAUGCUGACGGGGAGAACAAGUUGCAUGAAUUGACCAUCGAUAUCGAGGAUGGGAACGCCAUCCAUGCCUUCUGCGCUGAACAUAAUGUCACGCCGGCGACUGUCUUCCAAGCGGCAUGGGCGCUCGUCCUCAAAGCGUACACCGGACAGGACGAUAUAAGCUUUGGCUAUCUUACCGCUGGCCGCGACUUUCCAGUCCCAAAUAUCAGUGACGCUGUUGGCGUGUUCAUUAAUAUGAUGACUUAUUAUAUCCGUCUUUCUGGUGACAGCACGGUUUCCGCCGUGCUCAAGGAGACGCAGAAUGCUUUCUUGGAGGGACUUUCCCACCAGCAGUGCUCUAUUGCUGAAAUACAACAUGCAUUGGGCAUGUCUCAGCCUCUAUUUAACACCAUCAUGUCGCUCCAGAGCGCUGUAGGUGAGGAGAUUUCUGGUGCAGGGUCUGACAAGACGAUCAGUUUCAAGGUGGUUGGCGAACAAGACCCGACAGAGUAUAAUAUUUCGGUCAAUGUUUUAGUAUCCAAGGUACGUAUAGCGAUAACUCUCCGUUACUUCACUGCUGCUUUGUCCGAUGCGAUGGCCUCGAAUGUCUUUGAAACGUUCCGCUCCGCCAUCGAGAAUCUAACCCGCAGCGACGAGUCGUCACUUUUCAACGUCAAUAUCCUCAGUGAGCACGACAAAUUGCAGGUUGCGAGCUGGAAUAGCGAGCAAUGGCCAGAUGUCCAUGCCUGUGUGCAUGAUCUGGUCCACCAGCAAGUCCUUGAGCGCCCCAAUGCCCUUGCAGUCGAAGCCUGGGAUGGUUCAUUCACCUACAAAGAGCUGGAUGACGUCGCUACGUCUCUAUCGCAUGUACUUGUAGCAAAAGGGGUUGGACCGGAGACUUUUGUUCCCAUUUGCUUUGCUAAGUCGCGCUGGACGGUCGUCGCCCAACUGGCCACACUCAAGGCUGGUGGAGCCUGCGUGGCUUUUGACCCCCAACAUCCCUUGAACCGCCGAGAGGAAAUGAUUCGUCAGUGUGAUGCCACCGUCGCUGUCGUUGGCGAAGACAAGGAAGCUUUGUUCCAGGACCUUGUCCAAUAUGUCGUCGUUCUCAAGCCGCAAUUCGCCGACGAACUGCUCGCGAAACAGUUAGAGCCGGUCGGGCCGCCUUCUGUUUCACCUGCAAACCCUGCCUUUGUGGUCUUUACUUCUGGCAGUACUGGCAAGCCCAAGGGUAUCGUGUUGGAACAUCAUGCAAUCUGCAGCAGUGCGCGUGCCCAUGGCCCGGCGAUGAACUACGGCCCCAACGCGCGCGUACUACAGUUCGCUUCGUACACCUUUGAUGUCAGCAUCGGUGAGACUUUCACAAGUCUCAUGAGCGGCGGAACUCUCUGCAUUCCGAAUGAGGAAGAACGACUCAAUGACUUGGCGGGCGUAAUCAACCGCAUGAACACCAACGUUGUGUAUCUGACUCCAUCUGUCGUCAGCCUCCUACAUCCUUCGCAAGUCCCAGGUGUGCAUACUUUGGCCCUGGGAGGCGAAGCCGUUCGCAAGGAGAACGUCUUGAUGUGGGCCGAUCAGACGCAUCUCGUCAAUAUUUACGGUCCUGCAGAAUGCUCCGUGUGGUCUACAGGACUGACAGGUGUCCCCCGAUCUGCAUCUCCUCGUAAUAUAGGAUUCGGUCUUGGUGCAAGAAUGUGGAUCACACAAGCCGACGAUCCCUCCCAACUUUGUGCUGUCGGUGCCAUUGGAGAGAUUCUCAUCGAAGGACCCAUUGUGGCACGAGGAUACCUCAAAGACGAAGCCAAAACAGCCGCUGUGUUCAUUUCUCCUCCCUCAUGGUUGUCCGAGUUCGAUCCCCUGGCAUCUCAACGGCCGAUCAAGUUGUACCGCACAGGUGACCUUGCCCACUACAACUCAGAUGGGUCGAUUAAUUUUGUCGGUCGACGCGACCACCAGGUCAAGCUGCACGGUCAACGAGUUGAAAUGGGAGAGGUCGAUCACGCACUGCUGUCCCACAAGAAGCUACACAACGCCCUGGCGCUGGUCCCCAGGCAAGGUUUACUGAGCGGGAAACUGGUCGCUGUCAUUGCACUUAAGGACUACCUGUCAGUAUCGGGUUCGCAUCCCAAUCGUAUCGCAUUCAUCGAGGAAGGGGAAAGAGAAGAAAUUCAGCAAGACCUGUCGGACAUCAAGCAAACUGUGUCUUCCCUUCUCCCCGGCUACAUGGUCCCUGCCGCAUGGCUCAUCGUCCAGUCUAUCCCUGUGACGAGAAAUGGCAAGUCGGACCGCCCCUCAGUGACUGCCUGGGUUGAGGCUUUGCCGGAGGAUACAUUCGGCGCUCUUCAGCUCCCUGGUAGCAAACUAAGCCAUGCUUCCGAUCCGAUUGAGGUUGAAUUGCAGGGGGUGAUCAGCGACGUACUCAAUAUCCCAGUUGCCCAGGUUGACAUGCACCAAAGCUUCCUCGCCCUUGGGGGAGACUCCAUUACAGCCAUGCAGGUGUCCUCACGGUCUCGCUCUCGAGGUCUACAGGUCGCCGUCAAGCACAUUCUGAAGAGCAAGAGUAUCCGUGAGAUCGCCGCAGAGACAAAAUUGAACACCAAGAAUAUGACACCAAAUGAAAGCAAUAGUUCGUCCACGAGCCAGCAAUUCUCCCUUCUGCCGUCUGUGGAAGUUGCAGACGUGGAUGCUUUGGCCACGAAGAUGGGAUACGCCGGCGCCACCGCCGUGGAAGAUGCCUACCCUUGCUCUCCCAUGCAGGAGGGGAUCUUGAUAAGUCAAGCCACAGCGCCAGAAACGUACAAGUUCUUUGCUGUCUGCUCCAUUCGUGGAAAGAGCCCCGUGGGUCCUGUUAGUCUGGACCGUGUUCAGCAAGCUUGGAUACGUCUUGUUGCCAGACACCCGUCACUGAGAACUUUCUUCGUCGAAGGACUGUCAAAAGAUGGGCUAUACACGCAGGUCGUGCUCAAGAACCAUGAACCAAGGAUUGAGCGCACAACGGACUUGGAGAGCCUCUUCAGAUACCCCGAGGAGCGUCCCAUCGACUACCGCGAGGGCGUGCCACCUCACCGUCUGACCAUUUUCCAAGACAAGGAAGGGGUAAUCUUUUUCAACCUAGAAAUCAGUCAUACACUGAUUGAUGGUGGGUCGAUGGCGAUUAUUUUGAGUGAUCUUACAAAAGCUUAUGAUGGCGACCUCCCCCCUGGACCUCUAUACCGUGACUACAUUGCGUCUUUACAGACCCGCUCAAUGGAGGAAACGUUGCAGUUUUGGACAGCAUACCUCCAGGACGUGAAGCCGGUCUUUUUUCCAUCGCUACACGAUGAGCAUACAACCCCGAUAAGAGAGCUGCAGGUUGUCAAUGUCCCGGUUGGGCCAGCUACCGUCGUGGACCUGCAUUCCUUCACCAAGCAACACGAGGUCACCUUGGCCAAUAUCUUUCAAGCCGUGUGGGCAUUGGUUCUUCGCGCCUACACCGGCGAAUCUGAUGUGGUCUUUGGAUAUCUGUCCUCUGGUCGUGAUGUCGAUGGCCUGGACAUGGACAUGGACAGCGCAGUGGGUGCAUUCAUUACCAUGCUAGCUUGCCGGGCACAGGUUGAUGACCAUUUGAGCCUGCUGGAUGUCACGCGAAAAAUGCACGAAGACUUUGUCAACUCGCUUCCCCACCAACAGACAUCCCUCGCGCAGGUGCAGCACGCCCUGAAGCUGUCCGGUGAACGUCUCUUCAAUAGCAUCCUCUCUUUGCAACGACCCAUGGUCGAGUCUAAGAACAACCGUAGCAUUGAAAUCGAGUAUCUCGGCGGCAGCGAUCCCACCGAGUACGACCUGGGAAUUAGCAUCACUAUCAGCGAGGCCUUCAUUGACGUCUCUAUCAACUACUGGAGCACUUUCAUGGACAAGGAACAGGCUGAUAUGCUGGCUUCGACCUUUUCGACUAUUCUCUCCAAGCUUGUUGCAACACCCACGGCAGAGAUCGGCCAGGUGGACCUCCUGGGUGACAAGCACAUGCAAUUCAUCCUCGACGUUAACAACAAUGGCAAGGUACCGGAGGCUAUUAAUGACUGCAUUCACACUAGAGUCCACGAACGGGCCGUCAUGCAUCCCGAUUCCCCAGCUGUCCAUUCCUGGGAUGCAUCGCUGACAUUCGGGGAAUUAGAUCGGUUGUCCUCUCAGUUGGCGACCUACCUCAUCAGUCUCGGAGUCAGCUUGGAGGAUGCUGUUCCAUUGUGCUUUGAUAAAUCAGCGUGGGCCGUGGUCUCCAUGCUGGCCGUGAUGAAAGCAGGCGGUGCUUAUGUGUCCAUGAGCCCUUCCCACCCAGAACAGCAUCUGGCCAAUAUCAUUGCUCAGACCAGAGCUCGCGUUGUCGUCGUUGGAUCUUCAGUCUAUGGUGACAAGUUGCGACCGUUCGUGAACAACGUUGUAGUGGCUAAUGCCUCACUGUUCGCCAUAUUGCCUCCCUCCAACCCGAAUAUGUUCCCUCAUGUCUCCCCGGAGAAUGCUGCCAUGAUUAACUUCACCUCUGGUAGUACCGGCAAGCCAAAGGGCAUUGUCGUUAUCCACAAAGGAAUGCGCACUAUGAUUGAACACAACCAUGACAUGCGCAUCGACCACUCGUCACGAACCCUGCAGUUCUCCGCUUAUACAUUUGAUACCAGCAACUGCGAGAUCUUCCUCACUCUCUGCGUGGGCGGUUGCGUUUGUGUGCCCUCUGACCAUGACCGGAUGAAUGACCUGGCAGGAGCAAUGGACCGGUUGGAGGUGACUAACGCUUUUUUGACACCCUCGCUCUCACUGUUUCUGUCGCCCGAGUCAGUACCCAAGCUCAGGGGGCUUGCGUUUGUCGGAGAGGCGGUCCCUGCGGAUCUCGCCCGGAAGUGGCAGAAGAAAGUGUGCUUGUUCAACAGUUAUGGUCCGGCGGAAUGCUCUGUCAUGGCCUCUCUAGCUGUUUCGCGUGAGGGCGUUGCAGCUGCCAAUAUCGGCAAAGCCCAUGGCUGCCUCUUCUGGGUGACAGAGCCGGCAAACAGCGAGCGUCUAGUACCGGUUGGCUGCGUGGGAGAGCUCCUGAUCGAAGGGCCUCUGGUAUCUCGAGGAUAUCUAGAUCCCGACUUGACCGCUAGAGUUUUUAUUUCGGCUCCCACAUGGCGAGGACCGACUGCUUCGGGGGCGCGAUUGUACAAGACAGGAGAUCUGGUCAAGUAUGUCGCCGACGGGAGUCUCGUCUACAUGGGCCGCAAGGACAGCCAGAUCAAGCUCAACGGCCAGCGAGUGGAAAUGAGCGAGAUCGAGAACACGAUUGGCAAUAAUGCCCUGGUUAAGCAGUGUGUAGUUCUUUUGCCAAAGACCGGACCAUGUAAGAAGAAGCUGGUCGCCGUUGUUGUUCUGGAGGCGACGGCAUCAGACGACCAGCCUGGGGAGAUUGGCCCGCUCAGCGAUGCAGGGGACAAAGGGAAGGCCACUGCUCUGGUUGAAAAAAUCAAAGACCAAUUGGCACGGAUAUUGCCGCGCUACAUGGUGCCAUCCGUCUGGCUCAUUACUCCCAACUUCCCCUUUACGCUGUCGCGGAAGAUCGAUCGUCCAACAAUUUCACGCUGGGUCGACACCAUGGACCAGGAGACAUACAUCCAGGCUGUUGCGGAAAAGGCGACUCAACUUGAGGCAGUAACAGAAGAUGCUUCCACUGGAGAUGAGACGCCGGACCGCUUAAGGCAGAUCACUGCUCGCGUCCUGAACCUUCCUGCCGCUCAUGUCUCUCUCAACCGAUCGUUUCUCAAUCUGGGAGGAGACUCGAUCACCGCCAUGCAGCUGGUUGUGCAGUGUCGCAAUGAGGGUCUGCAUAUCCUUUUCCGGGAUGUGAUGCGUAGUUCCAGCAUUCGGCUAUUGGCACAAUGCGCCGAGAGCGUAGAACCAAAUCGGCCGUCAAGUCGCGUCGCUGAAAAACUAGACACCCCCUUUGAAUUGACGCCUAUCCAGCAACUGUAUUUUCAGGAGAUCACGAAGGGUAGCACUGAUGCGCUUGCGAACCAAUUCAACCAGAGCUUCUUGCUCCGUUUGACCCGCGAUUUAUCCGUGGAACAGCUUCGCUCCGCCGUGGAGCAGAUUGCCCAGCGUCAUUCUAUGCUUCGCGCCCGAUUCCGACAGUCGCACCGGGGCGAAUGGACACAGAUGAUCCAGAGCCAGGUCUCGGGAUCAUAUCGAUUCAGAGAACAUGCUGUCCGGUCAGAAGAAGAGGCGAAGGGGAUUGCAUUGCGCAGCCAGGAGCAGCUGGAUAUCCAGAACGGACCAGUCUUUGCCGUGGAGCUGUUCACUACGGAAGGGAAACCGUCCAUUGUCUUCCUCGUGGCUCACCACCUGGUCAUCGAUUUAGUUUCCUGGCGCAUCCUCUUCCAGGAGCUCGAAGACUGCUUGACUGGCAAGGUCGCCAGCUCUGAUCUCGCGCCUUUCUCAUUCCAACGGUGGCAGAAACUUCAAGCUGACUAUGCCUCACGACAUCUCCAUCCUAGCCGCGCGUUGCCAUAUGAGAUUCCCGCAGCGGACUACGUCUUCUGGGGAAUGCAAGAUGUCCCCAAUUAUCAGGGGGAUACUAUUCAGCUUUCAGCGACUCUGGGCUGCAAGGAAACUGAACUACUACUGACGCACUGUCACAAAGCUAUGAGGACUGAGCCUCUGGAUGUCCUCCUCGCUGCUCUUCUUUCAUCGUUCGCUCGGGCUUUCGAUCGUCAGCCACCGGCUAUCUUCAAUGAAGGUCAUGGUCGUCAACCUGCGGUGAACGGGCCACUUUCUGACGUCGAUUUGUCGGACUCGGUGGGUUGGUUCACUACCAUAUUCCCCUUCUUUGUUGCCGUGGGUCCGGACAGUAGAGGACUGGACACAGUUCGACAGGUCAAGGACCAGCGCAAGCAGCUUCCAGCCAACGGAUGGUCUUAUUUCACAUCGAAAUAUCAUAACGAAGAUGGAUCCAAAGCCUUCGCCAGCCACAUGCCGGUGGAGAUCCUAUUCAACUACCUGGGGCUGUACCAGGGUCUCGAGCGCGCUGACGGUGUCUUCCAGCGAGUUCCCUUUAACGAGGGGGACGUCGGACCGGCAGUGCGACGCUAUGCUUUGUUCGAGAUCAACGUCUAUGUGGUGAAUGGGUCAGCUCAUAUCACCGUCGCUUUCAACCAGAAGAUGAGCCACCGCGAGAGAAUUCAGACCUGGCUCACUCUCUACACAGAGCAUUUGUCCGAGUUAAGCCGGCAGCUGGCCAAUACAGCUUUCACUUUGACUCGGAGCGACUAUCCCUUGCUGCCAAUUGACUAUCUUCGCUUGGAUAAGUUGCAGAAAUAUGAGCUACCGCAGUUAGGCUAUACUAUGGAAGCUAUUGAGGAUAUCUAUCCCUGCUCGCCUCUCCAGGAAGGCAUUCUCCUCAGUCAGACCCGCCUUGAAGGUGCUUAUCUCUACCAUGCCAUAAUGCGCAUGACUUCGUCUGGGGUUGAACCAGUAGACCCUAACCGACUGAUGGAUGCCUGGCAACAAGUGGUGGAUCGUCAUAGCAUCCUCCGGACUGUCUUCCUGGAACGUAUCUCUAGCCGACCAUUUGAUCAGCUGGUUCUGCAUAGCCACCAAGCCAAGUCGCUUCUGCUUGACGAUGCCAUCUCCGACACAGAUGCCAUCGUGAUUCUGCGCCAGCUCAGUCCGUUGCCGGCCUUCUCAAAUGAGCCACCGCAUCGGCUCGCUGUCGUCCAAACUGCAGAUGGGACUGUCUUCUUCAAACUCGACAUUAGCCACGCGCUGAUGGACGGGACAGCCAUGGCAGUUCUCAUCCAUGACCUUGCUACUGCCUAUAAUGGCCAGCUUCCAUCUACGCCAGCGAUGAGAUAUAGCGAAUACAUCUCCCAUAUUCAAUCGCAGCCUGCAAAUGAGGCUCUUGGCUUCUGGGUUAAUCUCCUUAGAGAUGUGCAAGCUUGCAACUUCCCUUCACUGGUGGCAUCCGAUGUCCAGAUGGAUGUUCGGGAGGUGCGACACAUCGAAGUACCCGUGCCUGACGUGGCACAAGUGCGUCAAUUCUGCCAACAACACGACGUCACCUUGGCGAAUAUCGUCCGACUGGCAUGGGCACUGGUUCUAUCUGCUUACACCGGAGAAGAGCGAAUUUCGUUUGGCUACCUUACCGCAGGUCGAGAGAUCCCUAUGCUCGGCAUUGAACACGCUGUGGGCCCUUUCAUAAAUAUGCUGGUUUGUGCGAUGGAUUUGAGCCAGAUGGGACGCAAGACAGUCAUUGAGAAACUGAAGGAGCUGCAUGAGGAGUAUCUUCAGAUCCUUCCGUACCAGCAUGUUGGCCUGGCAGAAAUUCAGCAUCAUCUCGGCUUGUCAGGCCAUUCGCUCUUCAACACCGUCGUGAGUUUCCAACGCCGUGAUGUGGAUAACUUCCAGCUAGAAGAUCUACAACUAGGAUAUGUCGAUGGAGAGGAUCCUACCGAGUAUGAUAUUACAGUCAAUGUCACCGACACUGAUCGCGGAUACACUGUCCAACUUGGCUACCUGACUUCACGACUCUCACCAGAGCAUGCAGCGAAUGUCUCCGACGCUCUAUCUGCAGCCCUUUCUUCCAUUGUAUCUGGUCCUCGAUCCACCGUGGACUCAGUCGAUGUUUUUGGUACCCACCAUCGCAAGCAAGUCCAGGAAUGGAACGCUACUGUGCCUUGCACCGUCAACAAAUGCGUCCACGCUCUGUUUGAGAGGAGCGCUGGAGCCAGUCCCGAUGCGCCUGCAAUUGCCUCUUGGGAUGGGGACAUGACCUAUUCUCAACUCGACAAGAAUGCAAAUCAACUUGCUCGGGUUCUUACCGACAUGGGCUUUGGACCAGAGGAUCUGAUCCCCAUCUGCUUCGAAAAGUCCACCUGGGCCAUUGUUGCGAUGAUGGGCAUCCUCAAAGCCGGCGCAGGGUUUGUGCCCUUGGAUCCAGCCCAUCCACCUGAAAGACUAUCUACCAUCAUCGCUCAGACUGAAUCUCCUCUGGUCCUGGUGUCUCUAUACACAUCCAAGAAGGUUGUGGAACUGGUGCCAAAAAUUCUGGUCGUCUCAGCGUCUUCCAACAUGUGGCUGGAUAGUGAUGGCGAUCUGAUUAUCGAUAGAUCGGGCCCCCAGAACGUCGCAUAUACGCUUUUCACAUCCGGCAGCACAGGGACUCCCAAAGGCGUUGUGGUAGAGCAUUCGGCUGUGAGCACAAGCGUGAUCCACCAUGGUCGAGAGAUCGGGUGUAGUACCGCAACGCGCAUGUACCAAUUUGCGGCUUACACCUUUGAUGCGUGUAUUCUCGAGAUUUUCACUACGUUGGCCUACGGAGGCUGCAUUUGCGUUCCAUCUGAAGCGGAGAGAAUGAGUGAUAUCGCCGGUUCCAUCCGUCGUCUCCACGCCAACACGACCUUCCUCACCCCGUCUGUCGUCCGCAUUCUGCGGCCUGAACAGGUCCCCACUCUAAGCACCAUUAUCCUUGGUGGAGAGGCGCUUGAUGCGGACAAUAUCCAGACCUGGGCAGGCAGGGACAACUUACGUCUCAUGAACGGUUACGGGCCUACGGAAACCUGCGUAUUCUGCGUUAUGCACACCUUUACUAAUGAGUCUGACCGUCACGAUGUCCUGGGCCGGGCCGUUAGCUCGGUAUCCUGGAUUGUUCGCCCGGGAAACCAUAACCAACUUGCGCCUAUUGGAUCCAUCGGAGAACUGCUGGUUCAAGGCGGCACUCUGGCCCGCGGAUAUCUUAACGACGCGGCGAAGACCGCCCAAGUCUUCGUCAGCAACCCAGGCUUCGUCUCCCGUCGAGAGACAGGCAACUGUCGGUUCUACAAGACAGGGGAUCUGGUCCGCUACAAUGUCGAUGGCACGAUCACAUAUCUUGGACGGAAGGAUACUCAGAUCAAGCUGCGAGGACAGCGUAUUGAGCUCGCUGAAAUUGAACACCAGAUUCAGAGGCAGCUUCAUCCAAACACGCAGAUCGCGGUUGAGGUUGUGCUUCCGCACGGGAAGAAGGAGCAGGCAGUUCUAGCAGCAUUCAUCUGUCAAUCGAAUUUGGAGCAAGAAGAAUUCCUUGCCGACAUGACGCCAGAAGUAUGCAGUCAACUCAACCACUUGAAGAAGUCGCUCGUCGCAGUUCUUCCUCCAUACAUGCAGCCUUCUCUCUUCCUGCCCACAAAUUGGAUGCCAACCACGUCCGCCAGGAAGCUUGACAGACACUUUCUACGCAGUCAGGGAGCACUAAUCACCCAGACGGAACUGACGAAAUACUCACUGCAGGGACCCGAAAGUCGCCGAGUUCCUAGAACCGCUAUUGAAAAGAAGGUACAGGAGCUGUGGAAUCACAUCCUCAAAGUUCCUUUCGAUCAAAUUUACGCCGACGACAACUUCUUCCAUGUCGGAGGUGACUCGAUUGCAGCCAUGAAAAUGGCAGCCUCUACGUCGGGCGAUCUCAGCCUGACGGUUGCAGAUAUCUUCCGCCAUCCUGUUCUGUCUGAUUUGGCCAGCUUCGUAUCUACCAAGUACAAGUCUCAAAGCACCUCGGAGGCAAAAUUGGCCCCAUUCGAACUCCUUUCCAAUCGCUCCCUUCUUGUCGAUGUCGCCAAAGAAUACCAUAUUCCCCUCGAGGCCAUCGAUGAUGCAUACCCUUCCACCCCGCUACAGGAGGGUAUGAUGACUUUGUCUAUCUUGAAUCCGGGAGCAUAUGUCCUCCGCCGCGUCCUCAAGAUUAGUUCCUCAAUGAACAUUGCUCGCUUCCAGGCUGCGUGGGAGACUGUUUCGCAACAGAAUCCCAUUUUACGUACCAGAUUGGUGCCAACCACAGAUGCAGGCUUGCUGCAGGUAGUGACCAGAGAGACCAUCCAUUGGCGAACUGCAGAAUCUCUACAGCAGUAUCUGGAGAGAGACAACCGAGAACGAAUCACGUAUGGAGCGCCAUUGAUGCGGUGUGCAAUUACAUCUGAUGGCCACUUUGUGUGGACUGCUCACCAUUCCAUUUACGAUGGAUGGUCUCUUCCCAUGGUCCUGGACCAGGUCAAAUCGGUCUAUGAAUACGAAACUUGUCCCGAUACUCCUGGAUUCAAUACCUUCAUCAAUCAUCUGCUCCAGACCGAUGCACAGGCCACUCGAGCAUUCUGGGCAAAGCAAUUGGACGGCCAACUCCCCUCGACCUUCCCUGAACUCCCUUCCCCCUCCUAUCGUCCCUCUGUCCGUGGAUCUACACGACGCUCCCUUCUCUUUUCCCCCGCUGCCCAUUCCCAGGUCCUCAAGACCACCAUCCUUCGCGCCGCAUGGGCGCUGCUUCUGUCCUUCUACGCCGACUCCGAAGACGUCAUUUUUGGCAUGACUCUCUCCGGACGCAAUGGAACUGUUCCAGGCAUUGACAAGAUAAUCGCUCCGCUAAUCACCACUGUUCCCGUGAGAGUUCAGCUUCCAGUAUCACUCACUGUGGCAGACUUUCUCAGUCAAGUCCAGCAGCAGGCCACAGACAUGAUUCCGCAUGAACACUUUGGUCUGCAGAAUAUCGCCAAGCUCAGCUCUGAAUGUGCGCGGGCCAUCGAGUUCCAGAAUUUGUUCGUCAUUCAGCCCGCGUCCGAGGUCACCACUACCGAUGAUCUCUUCCUCGGAUGCCAGGAGGUGGACCUGCCCGUGCAGGAUUUCGACAGUUAUCCCCUCGUGGUUGAGUGUUACCUGAGCCACAACAAGGUGCACAUUGAAACGCGACACGAUGAGACAAUUCUCACGACCUGGCAAGUUCAAAAUAUGUUGUACCACUUCGAGUGCCUGGUCAACCAGCUUACUGUUGCCGGCAACGAAACGCGUUUACUCGGCGAGAUCGACAUGUUCGGUGACAAAGACCGAGAGCAGAUCAUGCAAUGGAACCAACAAUACCCCGAGGUGGUCGAGUGUACAGUCCCUGAAAUUUUCGCAGAGCAGGUCUCUCAGCGGCCACAUGCUCUAGCCGUGGAUGCCUGGGACGGAAAACUCACAUAUACCGAGCUAGACCACCUUUCCACUAUCUUGGCACAACAUCUUCACGAGCUUGGUGUAGGGCCUGAGGUACUGGUCCCCAUGUGUUUCGAUAAAUCACGCUGGGCAGUGGUGGCGCAAAUGUCCGUCAUGAAGGCUGGAGGAGCCUGUGUCAAUCUCGAUCCGAAGCACCCGCAGGCUCGACUCGAGACUAUCAUUAGGGAUGCAAAUGCGCCUAUUUUGCUAUGUGCCCCUCAUCAUGCUGGUAUCUUAGGAGCGGACAGUUCCGUCCACCAAGUCUUCGUCACGGAAGAGUUCAUCCGCCAAGUGCAAUUAUCUCCCGACAUGAUGAAAGCGCCUCUUCCUGCAUUGAGCCCUCGCAAUGCCGCAUAUGUACUCUUCACCUCUGGAAGCACUGGAAAGCCAAAAGGUAUCGUGAUUGAGCAUGGAUCGCUUUGCUCUAGCUCCAAGGCCCACGGUUCGCGAUGGGGCAUUGGUCCAGAAACCCGUUUGUUACAAUUCGCUGCAUACACUUUUGACGUGAGCUGUGCGGACAUCUUCACAACCUUACAGCGAGGUGGUUGUAUUUGUGUUCCCUGCGAGCAUGACCGUUUGAAUGCUCUACCAGAGGCCAUCAACCAGUUCCGAUGCAACUGGGCCUUCUUGACCCCCACCGUAGCCAGCUUGCUUCCUGCGAACGACAUUCCGUCUCUGAGAACGCUCGUUCUCGGAGGCGAGGCAUCAACCUGGGACACGAUCGCAAAGUGGCAUAGUGUGCUCGACCUCAUCGUCUGUUAUGGCCCCGCUGAGUGUUCUGUGUACUGCUCAGGAAUGCCUCCUGCCACAGCAAGCAGUGAUCCUGCGAACCUGGGUGCAGCCAUUGGCGCUCUGUACUGGAUUGCCAGUCCCAAGAAUUUCAAUCGGUUGACCCCAGUUGGUUGUGUGGGUGAGCUGCUGCUCGAAGGUCCAACGGUGGCGAGAGAGUAUCUUCAUGACCCGGCCAAGACUGCGGAUGCCUUCAUAAGGGACCCUAUCUGGGCUCCGGUGCGUGACUCCAGCCGCCCUCGCGUUUUCUACCGCACCGGCGACUUGGUUCGAUAUAACGAAGAUGGCACUAUUCGCUUCGCAGGCCGCAAAGACACGCAAGUCAAGGUACGCGGCCAACGCGUCGAACUUGGCGAGAUUGAACAUGCAGUUCGGCAGACAAUGCCUUCCCUAGCACAUGCAACUGUCGAUGCGGUGAAAGAUCCGGCCACUCAGCGUCAGCAAGUGGUGGCCUUCUUGCACUUUAGCAACCGCAGUGGCGAAGCCGAAGUUAUGGAGAUGACACCGGAACUGCGCGAGGAGUUGAUUCGCCUGCAGCAAACUCUCAGCCAAUGUCUGCCCUCGUACAUGAUUCCUUCCAUGUUCGUUCCCCUGGUACGGGUGCCACUGACCAUGAAUGGCAAAGCGGAUCGUCGACAGCUGCGUGAGCUCGCUCUGUCUCUGUCGCCGGAAGACGCCAUAGCCUAUGCCCUGGCCGACAGCAUCAAGCAAAAGCCCACGACGCCGACAGAGUUCCAGCUGCGUGACUUGUGGGCUAAGGUUUUGCAAGUGGAAGCAGAUACGAUCGGCGCUGGGGAUCAUUUUUUCCGGUCCGGAGGUGAUUCCAUCGUUGCAAUGAAGUUGACGAGUUUAGCUCGGGCUCAGGGAUGGCAGCUCUCGGUUCAGGAGAUCUUCGGAGCACCGAUUCUCUCGGAAAUGGCGGCUGAAAUUGUUAAGAAGUCAGGAAAUACCAAUGUGUCGGUGUCUCUGGUCACUUACGAGCCCUUCUCUCUGAUCCAUGAUGCUAGUCCCGACCUCGUGGCCAAGAUUGCAGCCGACAUUAAGACGAGUACUGAUAACAUCGUGGACGUUCUGCCAACAACAGACUUCCAGGCAUGGGCGAUUACACACUCGAUGAUGAAAACGCGCGGCCUUCUCAACUACCUCUUCCUGGACGGCCAAGGAAAGCUCCCAUGGACUGCCGACUAUGUACAGGCCGUCUGGACGCGCUUUCUCGAAGCGCAUCAGAUCCUUCGCACAGCCUUUACGGCGCAAAACGACCGCUUUUACCAAGUCGUGCUCAAGAGGAUCCCGUAUGAAGUUGAAUGGUACGAAACUGAUCAAGAGCUUGACAUCAUUUGUGCCCAACUCUGUCGUAACGACGUUGCGUCGGAUCUACAGCUUGGAGAUCCACUGGCUAAGCUGAUUCUUGUCGGCAAUCAAGAACAUCACCGUCUCAUCCUACGCAUUUCUCAUGCUCAAUAUGAUGGUGUUUGCCUACCACAGAUUUGGCAGACACUGCAGGGUAUCUUCUCCGGCCAGUCAAUCACCCCAGAAGUUCCUUUUGCUCAAUGCGUGGCUGCUAUCGACUCCUCCAAGCGCAGUAGCGAUUCUCUGACCUACUGGCAGAACCUGUUGGCAGAUUCAAAGAUGACCAACGUGGUGGCUCAUACAAAGCCCGACUACCGCAAUGUCUAUGAUCUUCAUCUGGCCCGUACAAUUUCUGUCUCCUCCGCCAGUCUCUCCAGCUCGGGCAUUACCUUUGCUACCAUUCUGAAAGCCGCUUGGGCGACAGUUCUGGCUUCACUUUCUGGAACGACCGACGUAGCCUUUGGCCAUGUUACUUCCGGCCGCAAUAUUCCUGGCGCAGACAUGGAGCGCAUCGUCGGCGCCUGCCUGAAUGUCAUUCCCGUCCGCGCCACAAUUGACGACUCGACCACAAUGAUUGAUCUUCUGCAGAGCCUGCAAUCCCAGCAUGUGGCUAGUAUGUCCCAUGAGUCUAUCGGCAUGCGCCAGCUUGUCAGAGAAUGUAGUCCUUGGACUCCAUCAACCCGCUUCAGCACCAUCGUGCAACACCAGAACAUCGAUCAGGUCUCCCAUGUAACUCUUGAUGCCAGGGACUACACCAUUGGUGAUUUUUGUCCUGCAGCAGAUGAGGCUGACGUGGCGAUCAAGACUACUCCGCUAGAUGAUGAGGGGAUGGAGGUUCUCCUCAUCACUUCGUCGCGAACUGUGGGUGAUCAGACCGCAACUGCCUUGCUGGACCUGCUUUGCGAGACUAUUCAGUGUAUCUGCCAAUCUGAUCCCACAGCGCAAGCCCUUCCCUCAAAGUGGAUCCAGAACAAUCCUGUUCUUCCGUUAACGCCCCCGGCUGGACCAAUGGUGAAUGGAAAUGGACAUGUUAUUGUCCCUUCGGACCAGCGAAUUGGUGCCCUUGUUGAUGCAAUCUACGACAGCUGGAGACGUGUUCUUGGGUCUUCAGAUCUUUCACUGGACUUGGAGUCGGACUUCUUCGCCGUGGGCGGUGAUUUGGUCGCGACUGCCCUGCUAGCAGCCUACUGGCAGCGUCAGGGGUAUCGUGUUACUGUUGAGGGUCUKGUGGAUGGGUCUCGUGUAUGGGAGAUGGCUCAGACUCUGCUUGGUACACAAGCUUGA